AUGCCCCUGGCCAUGGCUGGUGGUGUCACUGGGGGUUCUGGAGACUCACGAUCAUCGAUGCAGUCCUUCAAGUCUGUGUCAGCCAAGAUGAGCCUUGCCCAUGUCCACAUGGAAGACUUUGGCAAUGAUGCCCUUGAGGAACCUCAUCUCUCCAUCACAGCUGGCUUCCUGGCACAGACCCAACUACAGCACAACCUGGCAGGUUUUGCGCUUCAAUGCACGACUGCCAGGAAGCCGGAGCAGAUUGAACGUCUCUUGACCAGUCUGCAAGCUCUUGAGGUGUCAGUGAUUCUUCUCUGCCACCAUGACUGUGAAGCCAUUGAUAAUGUCGAUUUCUCACUCGCCUCUGGAGUCAUGAUUGAGAAUGCAUGCAUCCUCCCCAAUGGCGAGCGUCGACAUUACUUCAAGGCCAGAAGACUCCGAGACAUCAUGGCACGAUGCAGCCAAGAGCGUGAGGAGAGGCCAGAGUUCUUUGCUGGCUUUCUUGACCGCUGGGAGACUCGUCCCAAGGCAUCUGUCAUCCGUCGAGCUGUCAAGAUUGCCGAGCACUUUGGCGCCGUCAUUGACCAUGGCCCUAUUGAGCCGUCAAUGGAUGUCAAGGCAUCGGCUCUUAGUAACCCGAUGAGAACUAUGAGCGCCUUUGAGUAUUUGCGACGGUCCGAAUUGAUCGAGUUGCAAAAAUGCUGGACAACUGAAUCGCGGAAAACGUGGGUUCCAGGUGUCUCGGAUACAGCCGACGUGGCAACUCUCCCCACUGACGCCCUUGACGCCAUCAUUCCAAGGGCUUCCGAGCUGUUGAGACAUGUCGAUGUGUCUCAAUCAGCCAAACGCCUCAGCCGCGAGACGUCUAUUUACACUCCCUCUCCGGAAUACCUCGAACUGGCCCCGAAAAGAGCCAGCUUUUGGGAAUCUGGAAACGGAGGCACCUCUUUGUCCCCCCUGGGAUGUUUCCCCCUCACCUCAGAGCCCACUACGGAGCAUUUCGACGCUGUAGUGGAGACGCAGGUUCAUCUCGGCGAGCUUGGCAUGCUGCAGGUGAUUGAGGGGAACGACGAGCAGCGCCUACUCGCGUCUCUUAGAUCCCUGCAACAAACCACCCACUGCCAAGGCUUGGUACAUGAUCUUAUCUCUGGGCUCGCGUCUCGGCAGAUUCGCGUCUUCAAGGGUCUCAAGACCGGGUUUCAGAUCCCUCGGGCUGAUGUUUCUUUCUGGGGUGUUUCCAAGGGUCGUGACUCUGCCACCGACCGCUGUGUUGACAUCUUUAUCAGCCUGAAGGCCCCUGAUGAUGCUGCUACCGUUCUCCAUACUUGGCUGGCCCACAAUGGUGUCCUCCGGGAGCAGAGAUUUGAGGAAGAGCUCAGACUUGAAGAGGCCAACAACACACUUGAUGGGUCUGGUCUUCCUAUCAGCAUCCGAGAGUCGAUCAAGCGUGCCACCUAUGGCGAGGCCCUCAGCCUCACGCAGAGACUUCGUGUGUCGAGGAUCAACCAUCCUAUCACCGAUGCAGCAAGCCAAUACUGCCGCUCUCUUCUCAUUGAGGAGACAUCCAAGGUCGCUUGGAGACAACUCUGUGCACGUGCUGCUCUCGACGACUCGUUGAGCAUGCGAGAUGUCUUGAAGCUGCGCCUCGAGCACUUCAUGCGCCAAGGUGCUGACAAGUUGCCUGCCCUGGACAAUCUUGUUCGCCUUUAUGAGAUCACCCAGAAGACUGUUGAUGAAGCACUGUUCUUCGGUGACAGAAAGGUUCUCAAGGCCCUGACCCAGACCCUGCUAUCAAGCUUCGACCCAUGGCAGUCAUGGAACAACUGUGACUACAUUGACGUCAAUGCUGAUCUCUUCGCCCUCAUAUUCUUCAAGAUCCUUCGCCGAUCAGCCUUUGAGGACGUCUAUCUCGAGACCACAGACCGAUGCCCUCUUUUCCUGUCUGAGCCUGACCAAGCCGCCGUGUUCUCUGAGCUUUGGAUUCUUGGCUCUCAAUGUCAGAUCUACUUCGACCUCCUGCCUCGAGAUAUCGGACAAGUCAUCUCCAAGAGGUAUCGCCUCCUCCUUCAGGAUGAUCCCCCGCCUGCCGACUACAGGAGGGGCAAGGAGAUCAUGACCAUGUAUCCAAGCUCUGAUGCUCGGCCAGCUGAAGAGAAGGAGGACAGGACCAACCCGGGCUCUCCUUCGCUUGAUCUCACGGCCCAUGAGAGGAUUCAGAGGUGGAAGAAGCAAUUCGCAGCCGCUGGUGCCCUCUCUAUUUUCUGUCUUCCGGCCAUUGUCGACGUCACGCUGCUCACCUUUGUCGGUCGUGGAUGCUUCAUGACGGCUUUCAUGGAGCCAGACCAUCUUGAAGUAGCAGGUUUUGCUCUCUUGGCUGCUAUGCUUCUGACCGCUGGUGUCACAGGAUGGGUUGGAAGCACUGGCAACUUCUAUCUCGCCCACUACGCCUACGACAACAUGAUCUACUUCCACGUGCAGAGGCUUUCGGGAGGCUUCGUCCUGACUCUUGCCGUGAGUAUCUGUGGUCUUAUCGCCUUCUCCCUCCAGAAGUCAGUUGGUGCUGGCUUUGUCUUUGUUGCGUAUCUGGUCAGCAUCACCACCUACUUCAACGUUCUCGGUAUCAUGAGCACAAUGCAUCUCCACGAGGCCCCGCUGUCUUCUGGGCGACUGGUUGUCUUACAAACGCUCCCUCUUCUCCUGAUCUCGCCUAUUCUCUCGGCCUUUGUCAACGGCAACGACCUUCAGAUUUACAUCCCGGUCAUGUACGCCUUUCUGUUCCUUGUUCUCUUCCGUUACCGCCGUCUCUGCCAAGAGUGGUCCAACUGGAUGGAGAAGAUUCCCAAGUUCACCGAGGCCGACAUCGUCGAGUGGUACUCAAUGAAGCUCAGCUCCGACAGCACAGACAGCGAUGCGGCCUCUAGCAAGAGCAGCACCGGAGCAGUUGCGCGGGAGGCAUUUGCAUCAGCUGUGACUGCUUACACUCGUCGUACCCGAGAUGCCAAGGCAUCUGGCAUCAUGUCGGAUGCCCUAGUUGUGCGUGUUGCCAACGGCAUGCCCUAUAUCAACUGGCUCCUCAAGAAGCUGUCCGUUGAGGGAUCCUCGCCGCCCGAGUUCACCACGGCUUGGUUCACGCAGCUCGGAGAGGCUAUCAACCAGCAACGUGUUUUGAGACGUGGCCUGAAGGAGCAGAGUGCCUUCACUCUCUUCCGCCUGGCUCGUCAUGAUGUUGGGCAGAAUCUGGGCCUGUUCCUUAUUGCCCUGAUGGAUCGCUGGCUGAUGUUGGUCAUGAGUGCGCGACAGCCAUACCCAAGCAUCUACACGGACAGCCGCGCCCGGUAUGGCAUCUGGCUGACCAUCGUCUACUUCUGCUCGGCUGCUAUUAUUCUUGACUCCACCCUCCAGAAGUACUGGAGCCACCGCUACGAGGUUUCUCAAGAGAAGCUGGCAGGCCUCGAGGAUGCCGAACGAGUUGAAGCACAAGCCGAGGCACGUCGUCGACAGAGCAUCAUCAAGGCUAUCAUUGAUGUCGCUGGAAAGCUCUUUGUCGUCUUUGGCUUCACUACCGUCAUGCUCUGGCUCUUAGUCGAGACCAAGGAAACCGUCAUCAUCUACUACAUGUACGUGUUUGGCUACACUGGAGCCAUCGCCUUCCAGUUCAACAGAUGCUUCACCACCAAUGUUGGCGCUCACAUCACUGUCAUCAUGUGUUCUGCUGCUAUCGGCUUCAUCGUUGGCUGUAUCUUGCACGCCUUGCCUAUGACUGCUGGGUUCUUGUAUACCGACAUCCUCUCCCAGAACGUUGCUGCUCUCCUUGCAGCGGUUGGAACAUCUUACUACUCCUGGAAGGAUCCUCGAGCCUCCAUGAAGCCAGUCCACGCCCCAUCCAAGGGCCAGGCCUUGUGGACUCAGCCAAAGAUCACUGCAGAAUGGCCGAUGGACUCUGACAUGACUUCGGCUGAUAUUCCAGAGGAGCUGGCCAGCGUCAAGGUCUGGUAUGACGAUGGAUCGGCGGCAGCUGAGAGGAUCACAGAGCUGUUGCGUCUCAGUGUUCGCGAUCCGAGCAUUCAUUCCGAAGCUGUCAAGUGGUCGGGUGGUCUCGUGCGCAAAGCUCAACAGCUGUGGCAUGCUCGAAAGAUCACCGUCAUGAUGUCUAGCAGUGAAGGCUUCUCUCGCGCUGGCCUUGGUGACCUCUCAUCCUUCAGCUAUAGGGACGGUGAUAUACUUCACAUCGGUUUUGGCGCCAUGGGAGAGAGCGAGCAAAAGAUAGCAACUUGGCACCCCAUGCUCGCUGUCAUGGUGUGCGAAUCGUUGGUGUAUCACCUCGCGCGCUCUGAGCUCAAGCUUCCUCAUGCUCAAGCUGUGCAGGCUGAACACUUCGUUCACGGCACUGAUGCCUUGUCCAAGCGUAUUCAGCUCGAGCUGGCUCCCCAAAACUCCCAGGCCUUGUUCCGCGUUGCUCUCAAGACCGAGAUGAAUGUGAUGAAGCAUCUCUGCUUGGGCAUUGACGUCAACUCCAAGUGGGAGAGCACACCACAGACUGUACGUGAGGUGAUCCUUGACCGUAUCUAUGGCGAGGAGGUUUCCAUCUCUGCCGAGUUUGCUUCUUGGCUUGCCGAGACACAGUUCGACAUGCAGAGCGUUGACUUUCAUCUCAACCUCACCCUUCAGAUCUACCGCCAGUGCAGGGAGAAUCUCGGUCGCGUGGUUCACUUUCAACCCCCCAAGUCACACGACUUGACCGUUUUCCCUGCUGAUCUGCAGGCCGCCAGCAUCCCGUCAUCUCAUGGCCAACAUUGGCUUUUCUCUGCUUUCCGCUACGUUGUCACAGCUUGCUCUUCGCUGGUUAAGUGGUUUGCCAUUCUGUCUGGCGCUGGGUCAAACAUCGAGCGAGAGCUUAGUUAUAGCCUUGCCCGUGUCCCUAUGCGAGGAGUUAUCAUCUGGUUUCUCCUGCUUCUGUGGAAGAUCUGUUGGAUCAUCAAGAACACCUGGGUCUAUUGGAUCAUCCUUCACGACAAGCCUGCCCUUCUCAACAUUGCUCGCCUUGCGAAGAAGGGUGAGAGGCGCAAGAUCAAACUGAACAGAGGCGCCAUCGUUGUUGAGCAGCCGAGAAAGACGGUUACUGGCUUCGUGUCGAAAGGCCAUGACGGUUCUAUGCUCCUGACUGUGCAUAACGGUAUCCUCAAGGAGCCUCUUAAAGAAGAGGAUGCCCUGUUUAUCGCCACGUACGAUCCGGAUCUUCGUCUGGAGACCCGCGUUGAGAAGGGAUCGUCGAGGACUGCAAUCUACCAGUACGCUGAGAAAACCUCCUCCCGCCAGCCUACCAGCAUCGAGACUACCUACAAGAGUGGCGUGUCAAGUACUGGCUUCUAUGACAAGUACGGCAGAAUCACCAAAGGAACCAUGUCGCUCGAUGGCAAGGAUAUUGCCUUCCAGUACCACUACCGGACCACGCCCAAGGGCAACGCCGACCUUCUCCGUGCCGACUACAAGCCCGCUGACUCCACUGCCGAAGACUGCUUGUCUGUCUUCUGGGGUAAGCCAGUCGACCCAGAUAGCUACGACUGGGUGCCAUCGCAACUCGUUCACUUGAUCAUUCAGAAGAUCGAUGGUCGAACGUAUGUCACCGAGUACGACUACCAACAUCGACGUGAUCCUACCAUCGUCUCGCAUCUCCGAGAGGCAGAUGGAAGCAAGACCGCCCUCUCUAAAAGACCGCAGCUCUUCCCCGAUGACAGCAAGCUUCUUGUUCGACCAGAGAACCUGUCGUUUGACUCGGAGGACCUUCUCAUCUACCACAACCGGCUCCAGGUUAGAGAGAUGCGACGCAAGGCAAACAACACACCCACUCUCGUGACAUACCUCAACCCGCUCUUCUGGCUAGCCCAAUGGAAUCGACGGCUUUACAAGCGCAUGCCAACCUGGCGUGUUCGAACUGAGCUCUGGAGCCUUUGGGUCAAGAGCACCACUCUUGACGCCUUCACAGCAUGCUGGGUCGACGAGCUUAUCCUUCGAGAAGAGCCCUUGCUUCAAGAUUACUGGCGUGCUAGGGACAGUGGACGACUGGAAGAGGCGCGCAGGGCUCUCGAUGACAAGAUUGAUCACAUUGUCUCAGCCAUCAACAUCGACGCGGACGUCUCCGAGGUCAGCCUGCUCGCUAUCAAGACAUCUGAUCUUUACGCCAUGGGCCUUGGAAACGAUGCCAACCCUGUCACGGCACAGCCUCAGAACUGCUACAAGGACACGGAGGAUCGUAUCUCGGUGAUCUUCAACGAUAUUGGCUGCUGGCCUGUGUCUCCUGGAGGUGUAUCCAACUGCCGACGUGAUCUAGUCAACGGACACACCACUAUCCGAAACCACGUUCUCGCGGAGUGUGCCAACGACUAUGGUAUCCCGCGCUUCCAGAUUGAGAAGAGUGUCCAGUCCUUGAAGUUGCUCCCUCUCUGGGGUCUUGAUGGCAACACUGCUAAUCACGGUCUUGUUGACAACCUCCUUCAAUCUCAGGUCGAUGAGAAGAUUGAAGCCACCGACAUGGAUGCAGAUGUUACGGGCAUCUUUGUGCCUCUCCUCACAGAGUUCGUCAAGGGUGCUCGAACGAAGCAGUACUCGCGGGCAGACCUCAUAAAGUACAGUAACGUGUACCUAUCCAUGGCCAAGUAUUACGAGACCAAGGACUACGGUCUCACGUGGAAGUCUCCUGUGGUCCAGCGAGCUUGGAUGAGGGCUUGGUUGAUACGCUAUGAUGACAGCAACAUCGCCGACGUCUCGGAAUGUUUCGAGAUGGAACGUCCCAGCAUGUCGGACUUUAGAGACGCCCUCGGUAUCUACAUGGCUUACCUCUUCAUCUACGCUGUUCAGAUUCCUGAGGACUGUCCUCGUGUCUUCCAGAGCACGCACCACGGCAUCAGCAGUCUCUUCGGUAUGAUUCUUCAGUGCCAUCGGGGGGUGACCUUUGGUAUCUGGGACCAUGCCAUUCUCUGGCGAGAGACAUGUCUCAACAUCAGCCCAGCACAGAGUGAGCUGCCACUUGCGGUGCAGUCUAUGCUUCUUGCUGGCAUUGGCAUGGCCGCUCGCCUCGCCUACUUCCACGCCGACGUCAUCAUGCCCUGCGCCUCCGUCUUCAACCCCAUGUGGGAGGUUGAGCUUGGCACAGACGGUGGCAACAUCGCUAGCAGAAACAUGUUUGAGCGCAAGGUUGACCCCAUCGUCAACGGAAUCAGCAACAUGGAUGCUUUCAAGCCUGUCGACAAGGUCCGCACCGACAAGCCCACAGUUGUCAUGCUGUCCAACGUGCAGUUUAUCAAGGGAGUCAAGAUCGCCAUCCAGGCUGCCGACAUCAUCAUCAACGAGAUGGGCUUUGAGGACUAUCAGCUCGUUGUAUACGGCGCCAAGGACAGACAACCAGCCUAUUGCCUCGAGAUGGAGAAGCUCAUCGUCGAGAGCGGCCUCGCAGGUAAGGUGGUGCUUGCCGGCUUUGGUAAUCCCAAGGUUGUUCUCCAGGACGCUUGGCUCUUCAUGAACUCGUCCAUCUCCGAGGGUCUCCCGCUUGCCAUCGGCGAGGCAGCCUUGGCUGGCGUUCCCAUCGUUGCUACCGAAGUAGGAGCCACUGCUCUAGUGCUCACAGACCCGCAAGAUCAGCAUCAGCAAUACGGUGAAGUCGUCCCACCCAACGACCCCAUGGCUCUCGCUCGUGCUCAACUCAGUAUACUGAGCAUGGUCGGACCUUGGGCCAAGUUCACUGCGGAUAAGGAGGCCGAGGCUCCAACACUGCCAGAUGAGAUCCUGCCGGAGCAUGUCGACUGGCUUACCAAGCGGUUCUAUGAGAAGGCCGAUGACCGCCGCAAGCUGGGUCUUCUGUCUCGCGAGGUUGUCCUUCACAGCUUCCACGGUAGCCGCUAUCUGCGAGAGCAUGAGCAGAUGUACUGGAUCCAGUGGCAUAUGUCCCAGAUGCGGGCCAACGGUGAUUUGAACGGCUCUCCUUUCAAGUUCGGAACUCCACGUCCACUACGGUUUAUAGAAGAGGUUCCCGACGAGAAGGUAACCGAGGAUAAUGAUUCCGAAAAGGAGAAGGCAAAGCCUCUGGUUCUGAGGAAACAGCAUCAGCCAGAGGACAAGUCUGAGGGAGGUAAUCAAGUAUAA